AUGGCGGGCAGGGCCGGCCGCGGGCUGCCCGGGGUGUCCCCACGCGUGUCCCCGGUCUCCACGCUGGCGCUGGACAUGGACAACCUGGCGGGGCUGGGCAGCCACUGGGACACCCCGAAGAGGCGGGUGCUUCGUCCGGGGCUGCGGUCCCCCGUGUCCUCCCCGCAGCCGGGGGCCUCGGACCUUUCCCGGGACCCCCCCCGGGAUCUUCCCCGGGAUUCCGUCUCCUCCGAGUCCUCGGAUGCGGGUUUGGGGCUGGACUCGCCCCCCGCUCAGGACCCCGCGGCACUGGACGAUGUCUUCGAGGGGGCGACCCUGGAGCCUGAGAGGGGACAGAGAGCCCGCGGGAUCCGGCGGAUCCGCUCCCUGCCGCCCCGAAUCCUGGCAGGCGGUGCCCCCCUCAGGGACAUCUCACAUGGCACCGAGUUCAACGGCCGGGGAGACCCCCGGGACCAGUUUGACCCCCCCAGGAAGAAAUGCGGCUUUGGAAGCGAGCAGGAGGAGGGGGAGGGAUUCAUGGACAUCCUACUGGAGGGACAGGAAGGUGGGGGGUCCUUCAUCUGGGGGGGUGCUGUCCCGGUGUCGCUGGGGAUGGAGAACCUGCUGCGGGCGCCGCUGCUCCGGGGGGAGCCCGGGGGGGCUCCGGAGCCCUCGGGAUCCCGGCGCAGGCGGAGCAGCAUCGCAGGGACCAGCGGGGAGGGCGCGGCAGAGCCGCCGGUGCGGCUCCAGCGCUCGCUGUCCCUGUGCCACGAGGCCCUGGAGCAGCUGCUGGCCAAGGACGACCAGGAGCUCAUCGGGGACUUCUCCAAGGCCCACCUGCUGCAGACGGUGCAGGGGAAGCACCAGGACCUGAAGUACAUCUCCCCCGAAAUGAUGGUGGCUGUGCUGACGGGGCAGUUCCACAGUGCCCUGGAGCGGUGCCUGGUCGUGGACUGCAGGUACCCCUACGAGUACGAGGGGGGGCACAUCCAGGGCGCGGUGAACCUGCCCCUGGAGCGGGACGUGGAGCGGUUCCUGCUGGAAAACCCCCCGGCCCCCCCCCGGAGGCCCGGCAGGAGGGUCAUCCUGGUCUUCCACUGCGAGUUCUCCUCGGAGCGGGGGCCCCGCAUGUGCCGGUUCGUGCGGGCGCGGGACCGGGCACAGAACCCGUACCCGGCUCUGCGAUACCCCGAGCUCUACGUGCUCCAGGGCGGCUACCGGGAGUUCUUCCGCCGCUUCAGGAGCCACUGCGACCCCCAGGGCUACCGGCCCAUGGACCACCAGGACUUCCGGGAGCACCUGCGCAGGUUCCGCCGCCGGAGCCGCACCUGGACGGGCGGGGGCGCGGGGGGCUCGGCCACCGCCUCCGCGACCUCUGAGGGCUGGGACGGGACCCUUCGGACCCCCCACACCCACCCCAGGGCACCCUCCGACCCCCAAACCCCGGCUGUCCCCAAACGUCCCCUGCCACGAGCCCUGAACAGCGUCACUGACCCUCAGGGAGCGCUGGGAGCCCCGAGAGAGGGGAAAAGCACCUAA